AUGCCCCCGGCGGGAAUCUCUGAUCCUGACCGCAAUUCCACAACAUUGAACAUGCAUGACAUGAAUCUCCUACAGCACUAUAUUUUGCACACCUCGAAAAAAUUGAGUUUGGAUGCUAAAAAAGUCUUGGUCUGGGAGCGUGUCAUUCCAGAUAUAGCGGCUAAGAAUACCUUUCUCAUGCACUUGGUUGUGGCACUGGCCGGCUUGGAUAUAUUGACAACCGACCAACAAGACGAACAAACAUAUACCGUCGACCUUCGAACUCUGGUUGAGCACCAUCAGAAGGGUCUGCAAGGUUUCCAGGAGAAACUUGCUUCUGUUGAGGACAAAAACGCCGAAGUUUUAUUCACUGGAUCAAUCUUAAUUGUUGCCUUUGCAUUUGCUUCACUUCGGGUCGGGAACCUGGAUCUUUUGACCCUCGGACCGCAGUCCAUGUCUGCUGGAGAUAGCUCCCCGCGCACAUCUCAUCGCUACGAAAGACCUCAUGUACAAUGGCUGCGACUUAUACGCGGUGCAACCUUCAUUGUGCGGGAUCUGUGGGCGGCACUAAGCUUAAGCCGUGUAAGGCCUCUUUUAUUAUUCAAAAACGCCAACGAAGACUGGCAAUUUCUCGGCGAAAGCCCACUGCCGAGUUUGCCGUCUUGGCUUGUGCGAUCGCAAAGGCUUUCUGCGUUUAUUUUAGGGGAGAACCUAGCCGUUCGAAAAUUGCAAGAGUUCCUGGACACCUUGAAAACAAGGGAGCGUGAUGUUGGCGAUGACCUUACUCAAUCUUCGUCUGGGCCCAGCCCUGCAUCUAGUUGGAACCAUCAACCAGACGAAAUAUUUGCUGCACAAGAUGAGGCAAUUGCAGUUACCGCGCAGAUGUUUAAGCGCAUCACAUAUGCGGUCCGGAUACAACCUGUAGAAUCAAGCUCGUCAGAUCGUGAGAUGCACGCUGAGAUGGAAGAUGCGGCUAUCACAUCCUGGCCAGGUCUCGUGCCUGAAGCUUUCGUUUCGUCCCUGGAUUCGGAUUCCGGUUUAGAUAUACCCAAUUGCUUCUCUUGCGUUAUUCUCGCACACCUUUACUUGGUUCUUGCGCUCCCAGAUGAAAUCUGGUAUCUCGGAAAGAACUUUGCGGCGGAAAUUAGGAAAAUUCAUGCAUUGGUUGCCCAAUUCGGUAAUCCCCAAUUGUGCGAUUUGAUGAUAUGGCCGAUGGAUGUUUUGGGUUUUGGAACAGAAUCUCGAUGA